AUGAAGUUGUUACUAGUUCUCUUCCACUUGUUUAUUCCCUCGCUGAGCAUUGACUCUGUAGAAGGAUUUAUACGGAAUGUCCUUUUAACAGCGCGAGAUAUGGGAGAGAGGGCUCUCUACAGCUUGCACAUCCCCACUUCCAACGAUGUCGUGAACAAUCCUGGCAUAGCUUUCUCGCUAGACGACAAAUCCGCCUAUGCUAUCAAGUCACUAGGGGAGUAUUUCAAUACUUGCCCACCAUCCAUUCCUGCUCCCAUUUUGAGUGGUUCUUGGCAUGUUACUCAUGUGAGCAAAAAAUGGGCGCAGACAGUACUGGCUGACUUAGACGAGGAUAUAAAUCUCCUGGCGAACGGACAGCCCUUACCAGUACGGAAAUCACUUGCUUCAGUUCUUCGCGGUGAACCACAGAUUUCUUGUAUGAAAAUGGAAUUUCUGGACGACAAUGCAGCGUCUCGUUUUGAGGUAUCUUAUCUGAAGGAUGGUGAGAAGCGUUCAGUGAUCGGCGAUCUUUUCCGAAGGCCUGAUAGAUCACUCGAACUCGCCAUUGCAUCAUCUUUUAACACAAAAAUGAUCGUCUCAUACUCGAUGGACCAUUCUUCUCCUAGCCCACUUGACGUUAUGGUCCUGAGCCAAAUCGACUUUUUUCCAAAAUGCGAAAACUAUGUGAUUCUACAGAGAUCAAUGGACAGCACUCGUAUUUUGCAGAUUCUUACCGCUAUCGGUGCUAAUUUUCCAUCUAAUCCUCUUGUACAUAUUCGUUGCGAACAGGUUCCUCAAGGAAAUAACGCUAUCAUAAAGCCAUUGUCUAUGAUAAAACCAUUAUAACUCAUUUUCUCGACGUUUCUUCAUGUCAG